CAGGUCUGUGAGAAGGUCAGCUUCCCCGUGUUUGUAUUUCAGCCAUCAUCCUCCAUACUGGAGAGGCUUUAUCCGCUUGGCUUGCUUAAUUGCAGCACGUUUGACACGCAUGGAUAACCUGUGCAAUAGCGUCCUUGAUCCAGACCCCAUUUCCAUAUUGCAUCUCUUCCCCAAUGGCCUGAGGUGUCAUGGGUGCACCGAGCUGGAAAUAAUUCCCUCCUGGGGCUGUUGAAGCCCUAGAAAUGUUUGCCAAGUGAAGCUGUGGAUGCUCCAUCCCUGGAGGUGUUCAAGGCCAGGCUGGGUGGGGCUCUGGGCAGCAUGACCCCGUGGGUGGCAUCCCUGCCCACGGCAGUGGGGUUGGGGUUCUAAGCUCUUUGCUGUCCCUUCCACCCCAAGCCGCUCUAUGAUUCUGCGUUUCUAUGACGUAAGCACGGGCCCCACGCAGCCCUGGUGCAGCACAUCACAAGAGCAGCAGCCCGCGGGGAGCCGCCACCCGGAAUCUCGGAGCCGUGAGGUCACAAUGCCCCGUCCAAUGGCUGUGCGGUGCUGUGCCGUGAGCUCACAAGGCCUGGCUGCGACGCUGUCCUGUGCCGCAGGCUUUGCUCUGUGCGACGCUCACUGUGGCUGCAGCGGUGGUGUUGGAAGCAUGGUGCGAGUGUGGGGAGCCAUGGCCCCUGCCCGCUUUGUCCUCUUCCUCCUACUGAUGGCCAUGUGUUUCCGGGAGACCUGUGCUGCUCCGUGGCGAGCACCGGGAGCAGGAGAUGAACUUGGUGCUCCCUUUCCGGAUGAUCGUUUGGAUCCGGAUUUUGUGCCUGUGCCUCUGGGACAACCCAGAGGCCCUGCUGGUGAAUCAGCAGAACAGAAUCCUGCCUCUGAGCCUGAAGGGGAUGCUGGAGAUGUGACUGGAGGAGGUGAUCCAGGUUCCGCUCUGAGCUCUGGGACUGAAACUCCGGCAGAUCGCAUGGGAGUGCCCCCAGGGAGGGCUUUGCCCGGUCAUGUGUUUCCUCCUGCGCUGGAGCCCAGCUGGAAUCCCAGCGGUCCGGAAAAAGGAAAGGAUGAACCCAAAAGAGGAGAAUACUCCCAGGGCUCAUCCCGUCUCCUCAAGGAACUGGUGAAGGAAAUGGAGAAGGCAGCGCGUGGAACUGACCAACAAAGUGAGCAGGAUGCACUGCAGGAAGGCAGCCAUCCCACACUGCCAGUCUCGGGCAAAGGAACGCAGGCAGCGCCAACAACUGUCAUGCCAGGGAUGAAUGCCGGGACGAGCACAAAGGCUGCUGUUGGCAGAUCUGCGCGAAAGGCGCCACAUCGCAGCGAUGGUACUGUUCUCAGCUGUGCUGCUGUCUGCGCUGGUGCUGGCCUGUGGUGCUGUGAUAUGGAUGUGCCAAAAAUACGUAGUGUGCAAGAGAGAAGAGAGAGCAGCAGAGCAGGCUCAUCCUGAUACCAACUAGGAGAGAGUUCCAACUGGAGACGAGGGCAGAACGGAGCUGGGAGAGGCAGCCGAAGAGACUCUUGCCCCAUCAAAGAAGAAUCUCAGCCAUCGUCCCAGUGCAUUCCAUUCUGCCAUCCAAGAGGCCAAAGGUCUUCAAAGUCAUCUGGAAGACUUGGAGCUUGAACUCAAAGCCGUGAAAGAGGUCCACGGGAACAGUCCUGAGUGCUGCUUUCUGUCAGGGGACGGCCCUGAAAGUGAGAGCGGAGAACCAGCAGCAGAGCUUUUGUCCUUCACCCUGCAUUCUCUGGGACAAGCAUCAGCAACAUUUCAAAGAUUCUUAGCUCGGCAUAGCUACAAUCCUGUUGAGGGUCCUAAUGAGGAGCCAGAAAGCGAGCUUCCUCUGACCGCUGGACAACACCUUAACGUCUUUGGAGCUGUGGAUGAGAAUGUCUGGUUUCAGGGAGAGCUGACAGAUGGCACAAGAGGACUGGUCCCAUCCAGUUUGGUUGCGGAGGUUUCAGAUGAUGAACUGGAUACAACGAUGCCUCCGGAGCUCUGUGCUCUCCUGCUGGAUACUUGAUGAAUAAGUGGAUGCAGAGAUUCCAUCAUGCAGCAACAUCCUGUCAAAAUUCCUGCGUUACUCCAUCUGCAAGACUACCCCCUGCUCCACUUGAUGUUCAGGUGGAGUGUGUGCAGGACGUGGAUGAGCUCCUUUGGGAACACUCUGAGGUGACUGACAGUGUAACUGCAUAGUCUUGUGGUAUAUUAAACAAACAAACAAACAAACACCACCCACAAUAAAACAACCAACCAACCAA